AUGGCGCUGUCUCCUUCUCAAAACCCUGCUCCUGACUCGAAGCGUACCUUCAUAUGUCGUGAAAUGCGCGGCUCCAACGUCCCAAAAACUUGGGAGCUCAUACUCUCCAGCGACGAAAUAUGCGACAGCUGCAAGGCGCUGCCUCACGAAUGCUAUCGUCGGACCGGUCCGCGGCCCAAGAUCGAGAAUUCAUGCCAAAAUUGCGACACAAACAGUCUAAAGUGCUGCAUUGACGGUGUUGACACCAGAGAGGGCGGGAAAAGCAACACUUCUUCUCCCUCUGCGGAAGCUUCGCGCCUUUCGCAGGGAAACCCCCGUGCUGAGGAACGUGUCAAGGCGGCAAGGCAGCUUAGACCAAGACAUACCCACCCCAUGAUAGGCGGCAAAACGCGACCGAGCUCGACGCAGAAAGGUAGAGAUGGCGCUGGGUCUAAUCCGCGGCGUUACGGGACUCGCACUUCAGAUCGCCUGGAGGCAAGGGAGAAAUCUGGUAACCGAGGCAAGAGCGGUGAAGUCCUUUUUGAGGCAUCAGCAGGCUUACCUGAUUGGAUAAAUGUGGAGGGUCUCGAAUGGAGAAAGUGUGAGAUUGAGGCAGGCGCGAGAGAAGGUGGAAGAUGUUGGCCUAACAUCUACGGCAGCGCAAUGACUCCCUCAUCCUUCUGCUUUAUCUGCUCCUCUAUUUGCUACACCACUUCCGGCGGAGAAUGGCAAUAUUUCAUAUAUUUUUUGGUGUCGUCACUGAAAGGUAGCAUGCCGCAUGCUAUCACGGUCGAUCCCCGUGUCAUUGUGCUCGCGUUAAGGUUACCUGAGGCAGUAAAAUGUAAGGUUAAGUUUUUCACCAUUGAAAAUCAGUUCGCCGUCUGGAAACUCCUCUACAAUUCUCGCGAGAACCUUCCAUGGUCGUUGGCCAAUUCGAAGGCUCGGAAAUCAGGAAUCAGGAACAUUGAAUUCCUCACCGCGCACCCAGCUAGGAGGGAAUUUACUAUGUUAUCCUUGAUCGAUCAACGCAGCGAAAGCCUAUUUGACAGGAAGAUGCGUAUCAAGCACCUCAUAUCUAAGGCGGGAUUGUCCUUGUGUUCUCGUCCUGAACACUGGGGCCACGAGGCAGGACAAUGUGCCGCAAACAUGAACGGUCUCCUCGCGCGGGACUUCUGA